AUGGGCCAGUCGAAAAACCUGAGCGUGUUUUCGAUUGUUUUCGUCGUGUUUGCGACAAAAAUAUCGUGUGUGGAAGAUUUACUCGGCGAAAAUACAUGCAAUUGGAUUUGUAAAUCUGAAAGCAGCGGUACAGACGUCAAAGAAUUUCGGAAGAUCAUGUCUCAAGGAAAACUGAUGAAGCUGAAAGUGGCGUACAAUGAGCGGAUAGACCAAGCUUGUGCGAACGAAACAGAUGCUACUAGCAACACAACUACGUUCGCGGAAGUUUGGGUCAAAGAAAUUGACGCUUCCAUUGGAGUCAUAGUGUCUCUUAGCUACACUGGCCUAGCCGAGAUUUACUCAGGUCAGUUUUUGCUUGGGGGGUACAAACAACAAAUGAAUGUUUCCUGUGUCUUUAAGUCAACAUCUAGACCUGGAACAAACCACCCAUCACCGCGACUGGCUUUCUACACUCCUGACUCUGUCAUGUACUAUGUCGAGCAACUUUCAAACGGCAACUCAAGGAACGCUUCGUUCCUGACCCUUAUAAGAACAGAAAAUCAAACUAGAAUAACAGUCAAUGUCCCCAGUAGUUCAGCCAGAGACAGUUCUGCUACGACCAAGGAUAAGGAAAUAACUGUAAGUGAUGAAUGGAUCUUAUUAACUGUCAUGAUUUUGAUUGGAUUUGUUCUGUACUCUUCCGCGGUUUUGCUUUUGUGUCGUCCAUCAGAAAUAACAAUACUUCUUUCAAAGGGGAGAACAAGGCGGCAACGAUCACAUGCUCAGGAGAGAGGUGACGAUGAAAACAACUAUACAACGGAGAAUGGUGACGAUAGUCCCCAAGAACAUGACUGGAGAACAGAGGAUGAUGUGUUUUCAGGCUCUCGUCGAGAGAGAAAUGAGAAUGGUAAUGAUAGGCCCCAAGAACAUGAUUGGAGAACAGAGGAAGACGGUGACGAUAAUCUCCAAGAACGAGAGAGAGCAGAACACGAUGUUCCCUCGGCCCCUCGCCUAGUCGACAUAACUGAUUUCACGCCGCGAGAUUUAGACUCGGAAACUAGGGAAAGUGCUGAAACCCAUAUUUCCAGAGAAGCUGAGACACCUGACGGAGAACAUUCAGAGAUGGUGGCGUCUGCUCGGAGGCCCGUUCCCUUCAAAGAUUUCGGCGAGAAAAUACGUUCUCCUUCUGUCCAUUUGCCAAGCAAGACCCCAGAGGAUCGAGAACUGGGUUCCCUUGACGACGGAGCUAUCAGCAGUGAUGAGGAACAAUCCUGUGUUGCCGCAGAUGAUAGCCUGGACCCAGCUAGUUAUUCUCUCAGAACACAGGAUAGAAAUUUGAUGGCUUCGGCAUCUAGUUGGGCUGAGCCACAUCCUGUUUACCAGCCGAUGGAGCCAUUUGAAAACGUUAAUGUAAACGGACGCGAUGUUUCUACUGAGACAGAGAAUAACAGCAACAGUAGGCAGAAUGCGGAGAGGUCUAAUGAAGAAGCAACUGAUGCUUAUCCCACCAACUCAGUUGAAGAUCUGAACCUUAAUAAUACAGAAAACGACAACACAAAUGGUGAAGUCACUUGUACUGCCGUUGAUAUUUUUAAUUCGUCAGAUACGGUUGACCACAAUAGUACCACCAAUUCAUCACAACAAGCCAUUUCACACGGGACACAAACCUAUGCUCGUAUGAUUAUUGUGGGAGGACCCUCUCCAGUAAGUUUUGGAAGUUGGAUAGGUAACACGUUUUUCUCUCAGUUAAACAAAACCCUAUUCAGACGGUGGGGAAAAUUCAUUCUUAUAACAUUUCUCCCAUUUUUAGCUUUCACAAGCUUGGGGGAUUUCAUUUUGCGGUUCCUACCAAAACUCGAUCCAAGGAUUGGUUCUUAUUUACCAUAUCCCCACCUAACUGGCUCUAUGUUUAACUAUCUCAAAAAUCAUGACCCUAUUCUUCUUUUUUGGGUUAUAUUUUCGUUCAUUUGCUAUUUUAUUAGAUCCGUUUUUAUACAUGGAUUAAUUUCAGGUAAAUUUCCAGCCACCAAUACUUCGUGGACGACCUGCUUUGUUCACAGAAGGCAUUUUAUGUGCUUUGUUAAUGACCUUGUUCAGUCACUUCCAUCGCAGUUUGCUCUCCCUAAGUCAUUUUGUGGGUGGAACAGCCCUUGCCAAGGAGGGCAUCUGUUUAGCAAAGCAUGCGAAAUAUUACACAUGCUUCAUGAUACUUGUCAUCCCUGUCACGUUUGUAAGAAUUCUCCAAUACAAUGUCCCACAGACCUUCAAGUUCCAGACAACAUUUUGCAUAACUUGAAGGAUUUAACAAAUGUUUUCAUAAAUCAUUAUAACUGUUUUACCCAGUGCCUUAAAAUCGCCGUGCAGGACCUCACUUACGUCCCCGAAGAGGUAUGUGGUAACAGAUCAUUGUUCCUUAAGAUCGUUGCUGUUUUGCUCAAUAUCUUAAUUUUUAGCGUUCUUAAGGUCAUCUUUUCCGCACUAGCUGUUAUAAUCCUGCUUUUGGUGGAUGUGGUUUUGUCAUCUCCAUUGUUUUGUCUAUGUCAUGGCAGAAGGUGGAUUUUGAAAGAACGUUUUAACAACAGAUUUCUGGGUUCCAGUUUUAUUCUCCCCACCCUGGAGAUUAUUCUCGUUGGUUUUUCUCUUGUUUGGAAAGUGUUUUUCUCGUUAAGCAGUGCUGUUAUCGUGAAAAUUGUCAUUAUAAGUUCCAUAAAGACACUCACAUAUCGCCCACGCGAACUUCUACCGCAUUUUGCGGUUGUUAUCCUCCUCUUUCAUUAUUUUUGGAGUUGUUACAGUUGUUUUAAAAAACCGUUUUGUGACCUGGUCAGCAAACUGUUCACCUCUUACAGGAAAAAAUUUGAUGAACUUGAGAAGCAAGGAGGACUAAAUGAGCUCAUUAACUACAAACAAGGAGAGUAUGCUAAACUAAUUCCAAAAGAAUUGUUUAGUUAUGCAUGCGAGCAUGAGUUGAUCUGCAUCCGUGUGAGAGACCGCGUGGCCAUACUGUUGUUAAAAUUAGUAUUGCCGUCAUUGCUACUUAGCUUUGCUUAUCCGGCCAUUCACGCACAAGAUUCUGAGUCAGGUGGGAUUAUCGUUCUACUAAUAACAUUUUUGGCAAGUAGCUAUAGCAAAAUAAACGAUUUUGUCAAUGAAGGUGAGCCAGAAGUAUCUGAAGAAGAUGCCGACAAGGUAGUCGAUGACUACAACAAGAAAAAACAAUAA